UGUUGAAAAUUAAAAACAUCAAAAGGCAGUAGUGGCAGAUGUAUUUCAUUGUUGGUAAUAAUGUAUUAUUAUUCAUCAAUUUUUAAGAUUAUAGCAAAUAACCAAAAUUAAACUAUAUCAAAUUCUUCUGGCCUUUUAUCAACGUAUCAAAGCGGAUUUGCCUGAACUUUGGAAUUUUUAAGGCUUGAUCCUAAUAAUCUAAUAAGCAAUUCAGUAGAUUAUCCGAUUAGCGUAAAUAAAUAAAAAGACCCCGGGCAAACUGGAAACGCUCACCAAGGCAUGGAACCUUGUGACUAUGGGUCGUGCGACAACAACACAUUCUGGGCACCGGAGCCAAGGGUGAGUCCAAUAAAACUGCUCGGAUGGAAUUUGAGCCCAGAAGAGCUUAAACACAUACCAGAACAUUGGCUGAGCUAUCCAGAGCCUAAGCCGUUGUACAAUUACAUACUUGGAAUUUUAUACAUCGGUUUGACGAUCGUUUCUCUUGUUGGGAAUGGGCUUGUCAUAUGGAUAUUCACAUCGGUAAGGUCAUUGAGAACCCCUUCGAAUGUGUUCGUCGUCAAUCUUGCAAUAUGCGAUUUCCUGAUGAUGCUGAAAACUCCAAUUUUCAUAUAUAAUUCUUUCAAAUUGGGCUUUGCGUUAGGCAACUUAGGAUGUCAGGUGUUUGGAACUGUUGGAGCAUUUUCUGGUAUUGGGGCUUCGGCAACAAAUGCAAUCAUAGCUUAUGAUCGCUACAGAGUAAUCGCAACGCCAUUCGCUCCAAAGCUGACAGUCGGAAAAGCGCUAUUGUAUCUUUUAUUGAUCUGGAUAUAUGUCACUCCAUGGGCUUUGUUUCCUCUUUUCAACCAAUGGUCUAGAUAUGUACCAGAGGGCUUUUUGACAAGCUGUACUUUCGACUAUCUCACACAGACCGAUGAAAUUCGCUCAUGGGUCGCCACAAUGUUCGCCAUUUGCUACGUUAUUCCGCUCAGUCUAGUCAUAUAUUUUUAUUCACAGAUGGUUUCCCAUGUAAUUAUACAUGAACACAAUUUGAGAGAACAGGCGAAAAAAAUGAAUGUCGAGUCGCUAAGAAGUAACGCCAAUAUGCAGCAGACGUCUACUGAAAUAAGAAUAGCAAAAGCAGCGAUAACGAUAUGCUUUUUGUUCGUCACCUCCUGGACACCGUAUGCUGUCCUUGCCUUGAUUGGUGCCUUUGGAAACCAAAAUCUUUUAACUCCGGGUGUAACGAUGAUACCAGCUUGUGCUUGCAAAGCCGUGGCAUGCAUCGAUCCUUAUGUCUACGCUAUAAGUCAUCCAAAAUACCGGCAAGAAUUGAACAAGAAGUUCCCCUGGCUCGAGAUAAAAGAAGCACCUCCGCCAUCAGGCGAUACAACAUCGGCAGCUACAGAAAUGACAAACACCCCUUCAGCAUGAUUCACCUUUUUUUUUCUCCUUUUUGAAUAUGGUAUUUUUUUGGCUGUUGGUCCAAACAUGCGUUAUUAAUGACCUUGCAC